AUGGCGACUAAGGCCGUACUCGACAUCAUGCAAGGCGUGCUCGUGUCGUUCGGCACAAGCAUGGCGACGGCGACGAGGGAGGAGCAACGCACGUGGUGGGCGGAAGACGCCACGUGGCGAGCGGAGGACCUGGACUGGCGGGGAGAGGAGAAGGCGGUUUACGAGGCGGAAGGCGAUCGCAGGAUACGAAUGCGGAAGUGGCACCAAGAGGAUAUUGACCAAAUGAACCUGGAAAAUGCGAGGGUAUUAUGGCUCAGAUUCGUGGAGAAGAAUCGGCGCGACGUGGAGGAGAAGACGGAGCAGCUGAAGGCCAUAUCCAGCAUCUCAGCACUCUUUGGUCUUUGUGCUAUAGUCACACUCACUCAGCUCAGCCUGGACGAGGAGGGAGAACCCACCGCACCUACUGGCUUGAUUGCCUUGUAUGCGCUCUCAACAGCGCUAGUGGAGGGCCUCAUGAUAGUCUCCAUGGUCACCUGUGCGCUGCUUCUAGGGAGCAUCCUGAAGGUCGGCAAGACCUUUGUAAGCGAGGGGGAGGAGCAGGAGUUCAUGGCGGCGUGCCUUCGCUUCUGCGCGCUGUACCAGCGAGGCGACCGCCCUCCGCACCCCCGCAAGUCCUUUGAGGCUUUCUGGGCUUCCAGGUGUGAGGGGAGCUGGCAACUUGCCUUCCAAUGCUGCUGCUUGGGUGUGACUUCCUUUCUCAUUAGCAUGAUCUCUGUUGGGUGGAUUGUUUUCAUCCCACAUGAGAUCACUCAGGUGUCAUUCGGCAUUGCUGUUGCAUUGGCCGUGUGCCUAUGGACCUACGUUCAGUGGGCGUGGGGAGCAUAUUGGAGAAGCAGCCGAAGAGCUAAGGAAAGUGGUGAUUUACAAUAUUCAAGAUCUAUUUCUCGGCUGGCGGAAGUACACCUCUUCCUAGACGAGUCAUUAGCGACGCUGAAACCAGAGUACGAGUCGUCGCAAAGAUUCGUCCGCGUAUUCCGUCUGACCCGCCACGGGAAGGAUUCCAGGAGCGUAUGGCCCGGAAAGAGCUUCAACCUUGAUGCGCUGUACGACGAAACCGACAACAGCCGGACCAUUUUCGGCAAAGAGAUCGAACGACGCCUCGCAUCACUCAGUGACGGCUACAGCCUGACGGUCCUUGUUUAUGGUGCUUCCGGCAGCGGAAAAACCUACCUCAUGCAGGGAGAUGGUGACGACGUUCCAGGGCUGGUCUCCCUCUGCGCAGCCUGGAUCGCAGCCAAUCAGCUGGAGCGCGAAGGGUACCAGGUGUCUUUCUCCUAUUCGGAGCUAUACGGGAGCAAGGUCUUUGACCUGCUUCAGCCCCAGCAGCUUGAGAUUAUGGAAGACUCGGAUCACGUGUUUCAGAUUCCUGGCCUGCAUGAGGAGGAAUUCGGUUCACUGGAGUCGUUUCUUGCGGCGUUUUCAAGAGCCAAGGGAAGGCGUCACCUCGCGGCGACGGAGGUGAAUGCCGUCUCCAGCCGCUCGCACGCCAUUCUCCAGUUCAACGUAUGGCGGGACGACAACCCUGGGAUCGUCGGCCGUCUCAAGCUCGUGGAUCUGGCAGGUCGCGAGCAGAACAAGGAGACGGGCAACACGGGCCAGCGGAUGACGGAGAGCUGCGAUAUCAAUCUCUCGCUGUCGGCGCUUAGUCGUGUUAUUGAGCAACUGAACGAUCCCGCUGCCAAACACGUGUCAUACAGAGGAAGCAACCUGACCAAGGUCCUGCAGGACUCGCUUGGAGGCAGCAGCCGAGGAGUCAUGAUCGCCUGCCUGGCUCCGAAUGAUGACAAACUGGCGAUGGCGGUUUUGGAGGUGGCGGCGCAGUCUCGCCUGAUCCGCAACAACGUCGCGAAGACCCUGCUGCCUGCUACCCCCAAGCAGACCAUGGCUGACAGGCUCUCCCAGCUCUCCGCGUUCAAGGCGAAGAAGGCCGCUAGUAAAGCGAUCGUCCAGAGCAGCUCUGCCGGGCCGUCUCCGUUCAGUGCAAGCGGGCCCUCCAGUGCUCAGAAGGGCUACAUCCCUUAUCCUGCUCGAGUUCCACGAGAGCAACAAGUGGCUGGGGAGCUGCACCGCAUCCUCGACCCCACUCGCUUCAAGAGGAGCCCCAUCAGAGCGUCCUCCGCCGCCAACUCCACGCCCAGCCUCAUCCCCCGGCCCCGCUCCUCACUGCUCACCCGCCGUCCCGGCGACUUCCUGAGAUAUGCUGUAGAGGCACUGGAGGAACCUGAUUCUGCAGCAGCGGCGGUGGCUGUGGCAGAGGCGGCAUCUGCUUCAGCAUCGGCAUCCGCGUCAGCGUCAGCGUCAGCGGGCGGUGGUGCAGAGAGUGGGGCGAGCAGCGCGGGUGGGAGGAGGAUGCGGAUAGCAGACAAGAUGACGGCGAGCAUGGCGGCGAAGAUGGCGUCCGCGUCUGAGGCUCGCCAGGCCCUCGCCUUGAAGCGCAGCUUGGCCAAGCACCAGUCGCCAAAGAGGGCCGCCGCCGCCAGGCAGAGGGGGAUGGUCAAGCAGUCGGGAUCCGUCUCUCACGCGAAGCCUGCAGGGAAAGCUGCUGCGCAGCCUUCUGGGAAGGUUGCUGAGAACGCUGCUGGGAAGGCUGGUGGGGAGGCUACUGAGAGGGCUGCUAGGAAUCCUCAGCGCCAGGGGUCGUCAGGGACGGCUGUGGCAGCGGAUGCUGGUGUUCAUCCCGCUGCAAAUCGUGCAGCCGACGAGCUUCAGCGCCAGCGAUCGUGUGAUGGUGUCAUGGCUGCUAUGUCCGCUGCGGCAGCAGCAGCGAGCGUGGCGGCAGCAGUAGCGACGGCCGCGGGGAGUCCGCUUGCGCCGAAUGCGCAGCAGGCGCAGUUCCUCCUCAUGGACCCCCUGCGCCAGCAUCGGGGUGGCGGGGUGCAAGCAGCAGGAGUGGGGGAUGAGCCGGACGGGGUAGGCGCAGCGGAAGAGGACGGGUUUAGUGGUGAAUGUUGCGGAACGGAGGGAAGUGAGCAGGGUUCGAUGGAGGAUGGAGAAGAAUUGUCCUUUGCAACUCCGGGAGGGAGGCUGAGUGACGGGGAGGUGGUGGGCGAGAGUGAGGGUGGAGUGGAGGGGGAGGACGAAGGCACGAGUGAGCGGGAGGGGGGGGUGGCGCGGAGGAAGCUGUGGGAAUGCUACAGGGACAACGCCGCUGCCGCCUCUGACACGUUUGAAGCAUCCACGUGCCAUGGCAGCUCGAAUGGCAGCACGACUGGCAGUAGCGCGGGGUCGGGAGAGGAGGCGAGCACCGCCGACCAAGAAAGUGCUGAGAGCAAGGAGGAGGAGCGGACCGGAGAGAUGGAGCAAAACGAGGUGGUGAAGGAGGAUGAGGAAUGCCACGUGGCGGCUGCACAAGUCGGCGAGAGUGGCCAGGUGCGAGGUCAGGAGAUGGAGCAGGUGCGGGAGGAGGAAGGCUGCGUGGUGGGCAUUGAGAAAGGAGGUUGUGGGGAGACGAGCAGUGAGCAAGUUGAGGGCGGCGAGGAGGUUCAGAGGGGGGAGGAGGUUGAUGGCGGCGUGGGGGUGGAGGGUGGGGAGGAAACGAACGGUGGACAGCAAGUUGAGGGUGAGGAUGAAGUAGACGAAGGGUAUGCGGCCAAGAUGGUAGGGAAAGAGGAGAAGGAGGUUUCGGGCAUGCCAGCAGGCGAGGAUGCUCCAAGUGAUUCCAUGUUGGAUGCAGAGACAGCACAUGCAGAUGCUGCAACCCAUACCAGGGCAGCAGAGUCCUCUCCUGCAGCCUCGGAGCUAGACCGCAUUUCAAGUGUGUGGUCGAUGGAGGAGGAAGAGGAGGAAGAAUUGGGCGAGGGUGCUGGAUGCGGGGCCUUUGCGUUCUCUCUGGUUCCGGUGGCAGGGGAGAGCAUAGCAGAGGAGGGCGAGGAGGACCAGGGAGAGGGAGCGCAGGAGAAGAAUGUGCAGGAGCAGGGAGAGGGAGGGAGGGACCAGGUGCCGAAUGCACAGGAGCAGGGCCACGGCCCGCUGCCCCUGCAGCCGUUGACUGUGCUCUCAGGGACACCUUCAAGGCAGCCCCUUGGCACAGUAUCGACCAACCAGUCAUCACAGCGGCCUGCCUUCCUUAACGCCAUGGUGUCAUGCGAAGCACCGGAUGUGUUGCUUGAGGGUGCCAUGAGGGGCCUUAGCAUAGUGGACCCUUUGACCCCAGCCUGUGCCAAGGACGUCGGGACUCAGUUCGUGGUAAGUCCUUCCAUUUCAACUCGUGCAGUAUGGGCAUGCCUCUCAUCGCAGCAACUUCUUUCAGAACAACCUUGA